AAUCUCAAACAUAAUACAGUGCAAAUCUAUUUUCCUUCUCAUCAUAUUAUAGUAUUUCUCAAUCAUUUUAAGGAUGGUGGAACAAAUCCCAUUUGCUGUUGCCUCCAAUCUCAUACACAGGUUGGCUUCCUCAGAUUUUAUUGAAUUUGGAAAGAAGUAUGAUGUGACGGAAGAGUUGGAAGAGCUCAAGAACACACUUGAAUCCAUCAAUGAUGUGCUCCUUGAUGCUGACGAUAAACAAGAACAAGCUCGUGUGCGAGUUUGGAUUAGAAGGUUCAAAGAAGUUCUUCAUGUUGCAGAUGACUUCUUAGAUGACAUUGCUAUCGAAUUUCUGAGACACAAAUUGGACGAGGAACGAGGAACAGAAGUGACAAAGGUAUUUUAUCCCUUCUCAUCUUCAAAUCGAAUUGAUUUCUGGAGGGAAACAUGUUCUUUUGUGUUAGACUCAGAUAUCAUUGGAAGAGAUGAUAGCAAAAAAGAGAUCAUUAGUCUGUUGAGACAACCUCGUGAAAACCAAAAAGUUCCUGUGAUUGCCAUUGUUGGCCUUGGUGGCUUGGGGAAGACAACUCUUGCACAAUUGGUGUAUAAUGACUUGGAAGUGCAGAAUUUUUUUGAAAUGCAAAUGUGGGUGUGUGUCUCCGAUAACUUUGAUGUGAAAACUAUUCUGAAGAAAAUGUUAGAAUCAAUUGCUGACGGCCAAAGACAAGACCAAUCAUUAGAGAAGUUGCAAAAAGAGCUUCAUAAAAAUUUAAGUGGUAAGAAAUAUUUGUUGGUCCUGGAUGAUAUUUGGAAUGAGAGACAUGACAAAUGGGCUCAAUUGAGAAAGUACUUGAUGUGUGGCGCUCAAGAUAGCAAGAUUUUAGUAACAACUAGAAGUGAAAAUGUAGCAAAGACAAUGAAUUGUAGCACUUCCUAUACUUUGAAAGGUUUGACUGACGAGGAAUCUUGGAGUUUGUUGAAGAACAUUGCAUUUGAGGAUGAUUCCAAAGGAGUGAAUCAAAAUCUAGAAUCAAUGGGGAAAGAAAUAGCCAAAAAAUGUAAAGGGGUUCCACUAGCAGUUAAAACGCUAGGAGGCCUGUUACGAGGACAAAACGAAGAGAGUGAAUGGCGAGAUGUUUUACGUGGUGACUUUUGGGAACUAUGUGAAGAACAAGAAGAUAUCAUGCCAAUUCUAAAACUCAGCUACCAAAACCUUUCCCCAAAGAUGAGACAAUGUUUUGCUUAUUGCUCUUUAUAUCCCAAGGAUUCAAUAAUUUUAAAGAAUGAGUUGAUUCAGUUAUGGAUAGCACAGGGUUACCUUGAAUGUUCAACUGAAAAACAACACAUGGAGGAUGUCGGUGACCAAUUUGUAAAGAUUCUUUUAAUGAAUUCAUUUUUUCAAGAUGCAGUCAGCGGUGAACAUGGUGAGAUCAUUACAUUCAAAAUGCAUGAUUUAAUGCAUGAUCUUGCAAUGCUUGUUGCUGGCAAUGAUUGCUGUUACUUGGAUAGUAAGGCGAAAAAAGUUGAAGGUAGUCCCAUGCACGUAUCUUUGGAAUCUAAGGCCAUUCAUUUAUUGGAUUCAUUGAAUGCAAGCAGGCUACGAAGUUUGAUUGUGUGGUCUGACAAUGAAGAGGAAUAUUUGUCUGUUAUUGAAAAUUUCAAAUACUUACGCGUCUUGAGGAUGUCAUCUUCUUCCUUCUACAAUUCAAUUGGAAAAUUGAAGCAUUUAAGAUAUCUUGAUAUUAUUGACAAUGACUUCUUGAAUGGGAUGGCAGUUGGGUUGGGAAAAUUGCGGUCAUUGCAAUUCUUACAGAUCUUUGUUGUGGGAGAUAGCCAAGAAACAAAAUAUGGCACAUUAAAUGAAUUGAAAGACUUAAACUACCUAAGGGGAGAAUUACACAUUAAGAAUCUCAAUCACGUGGGAGAGGUGACUCUGGAAUCACAGGAUGUAAAUUUAAAAGAAAAAAAAUUCCUUCAAUCCUUGACUCUAAGUUGGUGGCGUGAAGACAUCCGUAACAGUGACAGCUUACAAUUAUUGAAAAACCUUGAGCCCCAUCACAAUCUUAAGCGAUUGAAUGUCAUCCAUUAUCCAGGCGUGCUUUUCCCGAACUGGCUUUCUCUUCUCACAAACGUUGUUGACAUCUAUCUCUUUGGGCUUUGUAAUUGUCGCUGCCUCCCACCGUUGGAACGUCUCCCCUCCCUUAAGUCACUCAUGAUAAACUGUCUUUUUGAAUUGGAAUACAUAUAUCUUCAUGAAGAUGGUCUUGCGGUAACCUUCCCCUCUCUUGAGAGCCUCACAUUAAAACAUUGUCCAAAGCUUGAGGGAUGGGAGAAGCGGGGAGAUGAUGUACAUGAUUCUAAAAAUUCACACCAUCUCUCCUCCUCUCUUUCAUUUCCUUGUCUUUCUCGACUACAAGUCAUCGACGGUCCAAAGUUGACUUGCAUGCCUACCUUUCCAAACGUUCAGGUUUUAGGAUUGUCUAAAUGCAGUGCGGAGCCAUUAAAAGCAACACUAAACAAAGCGGCGUCAACGUGCUCAGCUGACUCAUCUUCCUCAGCCGCUUCUCCUCUUUACAUGCUCAAACAAUUGAUGAUUUUUGAUCCUAUGAAUUUACCAAAGGGUUUGACGCUAAAUCUGACUUCUCUCGAGUCUCUUGAAAUUGGAUGCUGUGAAAGCGAAACACUCGAGGAAUUUGAGACCGGGUUUAAGGACGACACCAACUGCCUUCCUUCUCUGCGAAAAAUCGAGAUAUAUUCGUGUGGAAACCUAAAGGCUUUGCCAGAUUGGAUUUGCAACUUCUCGUCGCUUCAGCAUAUCAGAAUUUUAGAUUGCCCAGUAUUGGCAUCGCUGCCCGAAGGAAUGAGUCGUCUUACCAACUUAAAGAUCUUUGAGGUCAUCCAGUGUAUCCUCUUAAUAAAAGAAUGCAGAACAGAGACAAGUGCUGUUAGUCGCCAAAUCGCACACAUCCCACAAAUUAUCCUGAGUGAUUAG